AUGGUGCCCAGGGAAGCCCCUGAGUCCACCCAGUGCCUUUGCCCUUCCCUUACCAGCCUCAGUGCCAAGGAUGUGCUUCGGAGAAGGCACAAGAGGAGGAGCCGACAGCACCAGCGAUUCAUGGCGCGGAAGGCCUUGCUGCAGGAGCAGGGGCUGCUGAGCAUGCCCCCAGAGCCAGGACCCCUCCAGCUGCCUAUCCUGUCAGAGGCACCACCAGGCACUGCAGCUGCCAGCAGCAGGAGGCAGCGUCCAAGGGCUGAACCCAGCAGGGCCCCGUGCUGCAGAAGGCCCACCCCCAGGGAAGCGUCAGGGCCCUUGCCCAGCAAGUGUGUGGCUAUCGACUGUGAGAUGGUAGGCACGGGACCCCGAGGGCGGGUCAGUGAGCUGGCCCGCUGCUCCGUGGUGAGUUACCACGGCGACGUCCUCUACGACAAGUACAUCCGGCCCGAGAUGCCCAUCGUGGACUACCGCACUCGCUGGAGCGGCAUCACUCAGCAGCACAUGCGCAAAGCCAUCCCCUUCCAGGUGGCCCAGAAAGAGAUCCUUAAGCUCCUGAAGGGUAAGGUGGUGGUGGGGCAUGCACUGCACAAUGACUUCCAGGCUCUCAAGUACGUCCAUCCUCGGAGCCAGACCCGGGACACCACUUAUGUUCCAAAUCUCCUCAGCCAGCCCGGCUUCCACACCCGGGCCCGGGUCUCACUUAAGGAUCUGGCCCUGCAGCUGCUGCACAAGAAGAUCCAGGUGGGUCUGCAUGGGCACUCAUCAGUGGAAGAUGCCACGACUGCCAUGGAGCUGUACCGGCUGGUGCAGGUGCAGUGGGAACAGCAGGAGGCCAGCAGCCUCUGGACCUACCCUGAGGACAGAGAGCACGACAGCAGCACAGACAUGGAGCAGUAUAUGGAGGACCAGUACUGGCCUGAGGACGUGCCCCAGGGCACCAGAAGAACAGGGGAGCCACAGGAUGGAAGGGAGUGAGGGAGGAGGCACUUUUGGGCAGGACUCCAUGUGGGGUGAGUGGGAGGUGAGGCCAGGAGAGAGCGGGGCAGGGUGAGGCAGGACACAGCCAGCCCCAGGGGCAGGAGUCGGGAAUGUCUGGCCUCUUGAGGCCCCUGUCCACAGCACAGCCCUCUGUCUCCCCAGAGCUGUUAUUGGUCCUUUCUCCUGACUCCUGUGGUUUUGCUAAUGGCACUUUACAGACUCCAUGGAAAUAACAGGUGUACUAUCUUCUGGGGCCCAGCAGGAAUAGGGAAUGUGCCAACAGAUAUUCCCAGGCUGUCACUGGCCUUCCCUGAGGUCACCAUGCUGUGUUAUAUAAAUGGGUUAAUAUCUCCCUCUGGGGGUGUUGGUGGGGACAUUGAUAUCCAGGAGCUGCCUUAACUCAGUGACUUGGGAUAAAGUUCUGUUCCUGUCUGCCACCUAUGUCUUCCUCCAGAGUCAUUUCCAGGUUCAGAAUAAAUAUGCCUGGAAGUUGAAUAAUUAAGUCCUCUAAAACUCAUUUCUUCCUCAUCUCUCUGACCUGGAAUUCUGGCUACAGCCAUUGUGGCCUGUCAUCUGGCCUUCCAUGUGGAGCUGGCCCCUUCACGUGGUUGACCUGAGAGCUCUCCAGGUACAACUUGGGGAGGAGGGGAAUCCAGAUAAGUUUGGGAUGAGAAUUGGUAUAUUUAUUUUGACACAAAUCCUGCCCACCCAGCACUAAGCUCUCUUAAGCAAAAGCCUGAGAAAGGAGACAGUGGUUUAAAUUCUCGGGCCCCUGACCUUUAUUAAGAAAAGGGCCACCAGUCUCUAGGGGUGCAGAGUCUGCAUGUCCACUGGGGCUAGGGCAGGGCAUUGGCAGCUGUACAGUGUUCCUGAACCUCAUCUGGUGCCCCCUCAGCUCUUUGACAAUCACUGUGGCUGUUUCUCCUAAUUUCUAAAAGCGUGCUCUUGUUUCUUGGAGGGCAAUUUUGGGGUAGUUGGGUAACCAUGAGCUCAGGUCACACAGACCUUCAAGCCCCAUCUUUGCUCACCACUUAGCUUUGAGAUCUUAGGCAAGUGAGUGAUUUCACUCUUGAGCCUGUUUCCUCAUCUGUAAAAUGGGGAUAGUGACAGCCUACUUCGUCAGGUAAAGAGAAUUAAACGUUAAGUGCUUAGCGUAGUGUCUGACACUGAGCCGUGGCCAGUGGGAGCUGCUGUUUCCUCUUUAAGGACUGGUUUCAACCUCUUUAGCACUUUUUUGUUUUUGUGGCUGGCCAGUAUGGGGAUCCAAACCCUUGACCUUCAGGUUUUCAGCACCACGCUCUAACCAACUAGCUAACCAGCCAGCCCUCAGCCUCUUUAGGAUAACACCUGAACACUGAGCCCUCGGGUUGAGCAGCUGUGGCCCAAACAGAACUGUUCUUGCUUGGGCACAGGCCAGGGUGAGAACACAGCUUGGAGUUUCAGGGUUAUCCAUGUAUCUUGUCUGUGGCUUCUCAUCAGCAUCCUGACACUGCAGGAGGUGAUGACACAGCAAAACAGCACAGGAGUCAGGGAGGUAGGGAAAUCGCUGAAACCACACUAACCUGCCCUUCAGCUGAUGCUCUGUUGGGUCACUGGCUUCCUCCCUGUCAGCACAGAGUAGGGAGCUGGCUGAGUCAUAUACCACUGCUGGCCCCUGGCUCCAAGACUUGUUCCAAAUUCCUUAGAAGUCUAGCUGACGCCACACUCAAAGCUGAGCGGUAGCUUUGAUUCUUUGGUUUGUGGGUUGGAGGGAGAUGGUUGCCAGUGGGAAAGUGUACUGCUUUACAUCAGCUAUGUUGUAAAAUCGUUUGUUCUGUAAUAAAACGCAGUUGGAAAAGUG